AUGGCUCUCGACGCGGCGCUCUUCACGCUCCACUUCGUCCGGAGAAGAGACGAACCAUGGAUCGUAGACAUCUAUCCCACUUCGGCAGGCUCGAGCUUCAGCUCCGCUCCUCCCCUCCCCUCCAAGGAUGAUGUAGUUGGUGCGUCGUCGAGCAGCUCCAAGAUCACACCUUUCAGUGGCACCAUCCCUGACGUUGGUGCUCAGCGAGCCCUCGCACUCGAGUCCAACGACUUCUCCAAGCAGACGCCUAGCUACACGAGGGUUCGAGCUGUCAAUCACACCCAAUACAGCACGAUCCUACUCGACGGUCUCGUCAGCGAUAUCUUACUCGCUUCGAUAUCUCAGCCCAAUAUUAACAGCGCAAAAAGGAAGCAGAUCUUGCUCUUCAAUCCUGACGGCGAGGUGGAGCUCGAAAAGCGCACCAUGACCUUUCAACAAGCCUGGCGUUUCCAAUUUGGCGAUACCACAUCACACAGCGCGGAGGAGUUCUCGUGGAAGCGCGAAGGCGGCCCGUCCCGAGGCUCCUCUACGCAGUCAACGUAUGUCUGCGAAGUGAUCCGCAAGCCGGAUCCAAAUGUGCUAGCGGCGCAAUAUCGUCCACCAGCGGGGAAGGGCAAGCCAGGCGCUCUACAGCUCAUGGACUACAACAUCGAUCGGCUCGAUAUUCAGGACAAAAAGGGACUCGAAGUAGCGUUGGUCAUGAGCCUUAGCGCUCUGCUCGACCAAGAGUACGAUGACAAGAUUGCAUCGCGCGGUGAGCGAAACUUGUACAUUUGCAGCAACGGUAUUCCGACCGACCUGAGCACGCAAGGCUUCAGCUCGGCGUGGCAGGAGGCGGAGGCACGGCAUGGAACAGGAGGCGCGCGAGCCAACUCGACAGCAGUCUUGCCAGGCGGCGAAAGAGCGUCACCGUCACAUCCUGAUGUCGACGUCGCAACUGUGGACCGUAUCGCAAAUCUGGAACCCAACGAGUUGCUCAUCACGAAAUGGGGCUCGACCGACGACUAUGUGCACGAUGCGAUCCAGAUGCUACGAUGCGACGGGCAGGGGAGAUCAAUGUACCUCAUCACCCUUCUAUCGGACUCGGCUGAGACCACACCGAAGGUUGUGCAAGUGGCAGCAGCUAUCAAAGCAGCCUACUAUCGACUUCCCGACGACGCGAAAGGAACCGUCUACGGUCGACCCGCCAACAGCAGCGCCAUCGAAGACGAGCUGUACCAGUACGUUCAGACGCUCGAUGAUCAGCCCACUGCGCCAGCAUCGCCGCCAGCGGACGCAACGCCGAAGAAGCGAAUCAUCAAGUUGAAUCCGCCCUCCCCCAGCGGAGCACCUCCGGGCUCACGACCCAGCAGCAGUCCGGGUCCGCGUUCCUCAGCAGCGCCGUAUCAGCCGCCAAGCAAGCUCAAGAUCAUUCUCUCGAAGGAAAGGAUCGGCGAGCUCGAGCCAAAGAAGCACGACGACGCUCAUCCGGCAUCUACAUCAGCAGCGAGUGCAGGGUCAAGCUCGUUGCAUGUACCCGCGAAGCCAAGCGUGCCACAGCGACCCAUCUCGACUUCUAGACCACAGCAGCAACCUUACCCACAGGCGCAGAUGCAGUCGCAGCAAGCUGGAGGCUCGAGUGGCAAUGGCCAGCCUGAAAAGCCGAGCAAGGGAAAAGCACUACUCUCCAAGCUCGGCAUUCACCAUUGA